ACACUCCGCUCCAGUCAGACUCAACUAAGCGGACUAGACACCACUCUGUUUCCCUCGACUCAGACAUAAAGACUCAAGCACCAAAGCAUGAAACGCAGGCUGUUGUUGCUUUCCCUGCCUCACCUGCCCACCAUUACUGAGAUGCUGGAAGACACUUCUGUGCACCCCUCAUCCUCCCAGUGCACCCAGGGCUCUCAGUCUCUUGAGGCUUAUAUGACCAGCAUCCAGGCUCUUGCCUGCUCUACUGAAGCCCCGAGCUGUGGUCCUGUCAGACUUCAGCGGUCCCCCAGGCUCAGGCAGUUCUCAAAGCCUCAGAUGAAGCUCUCUGUCUCUGCCUCACUUCCUCGCGGGUCUCCCCGCACACUAAGGACUUCUAGAUCUUCCAGUCUGAGUCUAAACACCACGGAGGACUUUUCUCUCAAAAUGGGAAGGGAGCGGGACAGUAAAGGCAAAGACCCCAUGGACUGGCUGUUUGGACAGAUAAGGACUUGAAGACUUGAGACCUUGCUGUCGUCUUAAGUCCUGUAGGACUCAUAAUGGAGCCACGCUGGAUGCUCCUGAUUUGUUCAUGGAGAUUAAAAGUAUUAUGGGCCUUAUUAUGACAGCUGAACAAGGACAAAAUCACAGAGGCGCUUGAAUAAUAAAAAUUUUAUUUUUUAAUUUUAUGCACUGAGGAAGUCAGGUCUACAUGUUUACAUUGGUUUCAUGUUUUAUAUUUGUUUACUAUUUUAUAUUUGUGCACUGUUUGUAAUAAAAUAUUAAAUUAAAUAUGGAAAUGUU